AUGAAAUGGUCCAUUGAGUUGGUCCGGCGCGCCAUUCUGCUAAGCGGUUGCGCGUUGGCCCCCUGGGCGCUCCAAGCCGAUCCAUUAGCGGUGAAGAGGCGAGUGGCCGAAGCCACUGGCUGCCACGGCGAUCUACUGGGAGACGACAUAGCCCCAUGUUUACGAGACAAGACCGUCGAGGAGCUCCUCAAAGUCCGCAUAGAACCUCCAAGAUUUCUAUCCGGAUUCGCGCCGUUCAUCGACGGCACUGUACUGCCUCGCCGCCCCGCUCGUCGGCUGACACUGCCGCUGGGUUCAUCUCUGGCUGACGCCAGCGGCUUAGAACUCGCCGACUUCCCAUCAAAGCAAUUGCUGCUAGGGCUAACAUCGACGGAAUCUUACAACGAUCUGAGUGCCCAAGAUCUUGAGUUUGGUUUUAAUGAAACCAGGAGAGAUCGACUACUUCGUACUUAUGUACGGAACGUAUAUCAUUUUCAUCUCAAUGAGAUUUUCUCAGCUUUAAAGCGUACUGGCACGGUUUUUGGAGAAGAUUUACCAUUUGUGCUGGGUUUGCCAGGACCACCGUUGUUUCCUGCAAACUCAACUGUUCAGGAUCGUCAAGUUGCUGAUUUAUUUAUACAAUAUCUCGCCAAUUUUGCACGUACAGGGAAUCCCAACGGUCCGUCCACUGAUUCAAGACCUGAUCACACAUCGCCUCAACCAUAUUGGGACUCCUAUGAUACAAUUAAUCAACUAUAUCUCGAAUUAGGUGGUCCCGGCUUGGUGAGCAGCGUUCGUACGCAUUACCGCGGCCACAAGCUCUCGGCAUGGCUGUCGCUAAUUCCGCAGCUGCAUGGAAAUGCUGCAACUAUGUCCGACUUGCCGCCGCGUCAUCACCAUUUCAGGGAAGAGGGUCCGCAGUAUUAUGAUGGAUCUGUACGUCCACAAAGUGUUUUUAAAAGCGCAGUACGUUCGACAAGCACCAAAGCUCCAGUCAGUACAACGCCGACGCCGAAAGAAACCACUACCACGCCUUCUACAGCAAUUACCACAGAAUGCGUAAACACGACAAGCGUUCCCGGAGUCCUGCUGGCUUCCACCCCGAUCACGACGCCGGUCGCCAACGAUACCGCAUACACAGGAAAUAAUCUAUUGCGAAGUUUGGCAACCAAAUAUCACAGCUACGCAACGGCGUUGGGCGUCACGAUUGCCGUUGGCUGCUUCUUACUUCUAUUGAAUGUGCUCAUCUUCGCUGGAAUUUAUCACCAGCGCGGAAGAGGGAGACGUCGUUGCGAAGGUGGGGAUAAAAAAUCCCCGUACAGCGAUCACGAAAAAGCAAAAGUGGCUGAACAGUCGAAACAGUCGCCACCGCAAAUGCAGCGAUUCGGCGAAUACAGUUGCUACGACGAAAAGUUGUCGAGCUGCGCCGAGAAACGUCCGCUAGCCGAUGUCGCCCUCUGUGAGUACCGACGCUCACCCGGGCACGGGCCUCUCGUUGUUGCCGGCUGCGCGGCGAACGCGGGACAAGGUAGCGGUACACACACGCCUUCCAGAAGCAGCAUUGCAGGUUCUUCCUCGUACAACACGAACUCUCGCCGCUGCAGUUCGAUCGGGGUGGUCGGUCCCCAAGAAGCUGCAUGUCGCAUCGCGGCAGACGCCGAUACUGAUGCCGAUCAAACGGAUUCAGAUCCGGCCCCGCUGCCGGAUCCGGAUCAAGACAUUCCGGAGCCGCCGCCACCCCCGAGAAAUCAGCCGCCUCAGUCCGGUAUUCUGCGUGCGUCCAGCGUCGUUCAGGCCGGCGCGGGCAAAAAACGCGUGCAAAUACAAGAAAUAAGCGUUUAAAAUCUGAGACCAAUUGAAGUGUCUGUUUUCGAGUAGCCAAGCUAUAUGAACUUAUACAAAUCAUGUUUCAUUCGGCAUUCAUUUUUUCAAUAAGUGCAACCCUUACCCUCCAUCAUCCUCGCCUCAUCGCGUGUGAUAAAAUGUGUGAUGCAUCGGUGUGUGAUUUUCUCAUGUUUAGUCUUCGGAGUCUUGUUAAUUAUUUAACUAUAGGUGUUUCAUAUAUAAAAGUUCAAAUGCCCAGCGUUGACAGAUGUGAU